UGAUAUUCUUGGUGGAUUGGUCUGUUUCCCCCUUUUUUUUUUUUUUGGAGACAGAGUCUUGCACUAUCGCCUGGGCUGAAGUGCAGUGGUGUGAUCUUGGCUCACUGCAACCUCCACCUCCUGGGUUCAAGCGAGUCUCCUACCUCAGCUUCCCAAGUAGCUGCAAUUACAGGGAAGGUUGACAUUCAGGGAUGUGGCCAUCGAAUUCUCUCAGGAGGAGUGGAAAUGCCUGGACUCUGCUCAGAGGGCUUUGUACAGGGACGUGAUGUUGGAGAACUACAGGAACCUGGUCUCCCUGGGUGAGGAUAAUGCCCCUCCAGAAGCUGGGAUCUGCUCUGCUGUAUCUCUGCAUGUUCCCUGUGUGCCUCUUGGGAGCCCCUCCAUUGCUCAAUUAAGACUGAAGCUAUGUUAAUUCUCAGAUGAAAAGCUUAAUAGUGCAGCAUCUGGACUUAAUUAUCCCAUUUUCAAAUGAUCUACCUCCUUCAAGAUAUAUCAUUGGUGGUUCCAGAGCUUAAGUAGAAAUAAACCCUACGGUAGACUUUAAAAAUAUCUACUUUGGGCCAGCGUGGUGGCUCACGCCUGUAAUCCCAGCACUUUGGGAGGCCAAGGCGGGUGGAUCACCUGAGGUCAGGAGUUUGAGACUAGCCUGGCCAACAUGGUGAAACCCCAUCUCUACUAAAAAUACAAAAAAUUAGCCAGGUGUGGUGCCGAGUGCUUGUAAUCCCAGCUACUUGGGAGGCCGAGGCAGGAGAAUCACUUGAACCCAGGAGGCGGAGGUUGCAGUAAACCGAGAUCGCGCCACUGCACUCCAGCCUGGGCAGCAAGAGCGAAACUCCAUCUCAAAAAAAAAAAAAAAAGAAAAAGUAAAAAAAUCCACUUUGCUCUUUUCUACCCCUUUGCUUGUGAUUCAGUACUUCCUAGAGGACAGUUCGAUGUUCGUAUCCUACCACGUUCCCUAAACAUUCAGAAGGAGGCAUUCAUCCUACCACGUUCCCUAAACAUUCAGAAGGAGGCAUUCAUCCUACCACGUUCCCUAAACAUUCAGAAGGAGGCAUUCAUCCUACCACGUUCCCUAAACAUUCAGAAGGAGGCAUUCAUCCUACCACGUUCCCUAAACAUUCAGAAGGAGGCAUUCAUCCUACCACGUUCCCUAAACAUUCAGAAGGAGGCAUUCAUCCUACCACGUUCCCUAAACAUUCAGAAGGAGGCAUUCAUCCUACCACGUUCCCUAAACAUUCAGAAGGAGGCAUUCAUCCUACCACGUUCCCUAAACAUUCAGAAGGAGGCAUUCAUCCUACCACGUUCCCUAAACAUUCAGAAGGAGGCAUUCAUCCUACCACGUUCCCUAAACAUUCAGAAGGAGGCAUAUUCAGUGGGUGGAUUUGUGAAAUAUUUUUCUAGAUCCAUUUGUAAUGUCCUCUUUCCUCCUCUAAACAAAGGGCUGGGAUUCUGUAAAAGCCACAGCACGUUACAUUCCUUUCUUUUUCUAAGCAGGAAUCUCUCUUUCUGAAAUGAGUUAUUACCUCCAUGUUGGGGCAAGGGAAAGAGCCCUGGACUGUGGAGAGUGAAGUGAAAAUAACAAAAACAUCAAAUGGUUGGGAAUGCAUCAAAGGUGUGAACACAGAUGUCUCUCCUACACAUAUGAUCAAGGAAUUACCACCAAAAGAGAACAAUAGCACAGGAAAAGUAUUCCAAGCAGUGAUGUUGGAAAGACAUGAAAUCCAUGACAUCCAAGAUUUUUACUUCAGAGAAAUGCAGCAAAAUAUUCAUGACUUUGAGUGUCAGUGUCACAAUGAUGAGAGAAAUUACAGAGAAAUACCUGCAAUUAAAAUUAAAAACAUCACUGGAAGAAGAGAUCAAGGUGAUGGAAGGAAUGCAGGAAAUAAGCCAGUUGAAAAUCAGCUUGAACUAAGCUUUUGGUUGCAUCUGGCUGAACUGCAGGGAUUUCAAAUUGAAAGGAAAAUUUAUGAAUGUAAUCAAAUUGAGAAGUCUGUCACCCGUGGGUCCUCAGUUUCAUUACUUCAAACAAAUCUUCCUCGUGUCAACACCAGCAUUUCUAAUAUAUAUAGGAAUGAUUUUAUACAUCCUUCAUUACUCACACAAGACCAGAAAGCAUACAUUAGGGAAAAACCUUACAAAUGUAGUGAUUGUGGCAAGGCCUUUAAUCAGAGGUCCAACCUUACUACACAUCAGAGAAUCCAUACUGGACAGAAACCACAUAAAUGUGACAUAUGUGGCAAAGGUUUCAGGCGAAUUGCAAACCUAGCAAGUCAUCAUAGAAUUCAUACUGGAGAGAAACCUUACAGAUGUAAUGAGUGUGGCAAGACCUUCAAUCAGACGUUCAACCUUACUACACAUCAGAGAAUCCAUACUGGACAGAAACUAUAUAAAUGUGAUAUAUGUGGCAAAGGUUUCAGGCAAAUUGGAAACCUAGCAAGUCAUCAUAGAAUUCAUACUGGAGAGAAACCUUACAGAUGUAAUGAGUGUGGCAAGACCUUCAAUCAGACGUUCAACCUUACUACACAUCAGAGAAUCCAUACUGGACAGAAACCACAUAAAUGUGAUAUAUGUGGCAAAGGUUUCAGGCAAAUUGGAAACCUAGCAAGUCAUCAUAGAAUUCAUACUGGAGAGAAACCUUACAAAUGUAGUGAUUGUGGCAAGACCUUUAAUUACAGGUCCCACCUUACAAGACAUCAGAGAAUCCAUACUGGACAGAAACCGUAUAAAUGUGAUACAUGUGGCAAAGAUUUCAGUCAAAAUUCAUACCUUGAAAAUCAUCAGAGAAUUCACACUAGAGAGAAAUCUUACAGAUGUAAUGAGUGUGGCAAGACCUUUAAUAAGAUGACCAACCUUACUACACAUCAGAGAAUCCAUACUGGACAGAAACCAUAUAAAUGUGAUAUAUGUGGCAAAGAUUUCAGGCAAAUUGGAAACCUAGCAAGUCAUCAUAGAAUUCAUACUGGAGAUAAACCUUACAAAUGUAGUGAUUGUGGCAAGACCUUUAAUUACAGGUCCCACCUUACAAGACAUCAGAGAAUCCAUACUGGACAGAAACCGUAUAAAUGUGAUACAUGUGGCAAAGACUUCAGUCAAAAUUCAUACCUUGAAAAUCAUCAGAGAAUUCACAUUAGAGAGAAAUCUUACAGAUGUAAUGAGUGUGGCAAGACCUUUAAUAAGAUGACCAACCUUACUACACAUCAGAGAAUCCAUACUGGACAGAAACCAUAUAAAUGUGAUAUAUGUGGCAAAGAUUUCAGGCAAAUUGGAAACCUAGCAAGUCAUCAUAGAAUUCAUACUGGAGAUAAACCUUACAAAUGUAGUGAUUGUGGCAAGACCUUUAAUUACAGGUCCCACCUUACAAGACAUCAGAGAAUCCAUACUGGACAGAAACCGUAUAAAUGUGAUACAUGUGGCAAAGACUUCAGUCAAAAUUCAUACCUUGAAAAUCAUCAGAGAAUUCACAUUAGAGAGAAAUCUUACAGAUGUAAUGAGUGUGGCAAGACCUUUAAUAAGAUGACCAACCUUACUACACAUCAGAGAAUCCAUACUGGACAGAAACCAUAUAAAUGUGAUAUAUGUGGCAAAGAUUUCAGGCAAAUUGGAAACCUAGCAAGUCAUCAUAGAAUUCAUACUGGAGAGAAACCUUACAGAUGUAAUGAGUGUGGCAAGACCUUUAACAGGAUGUUCCACCUUACUAGACAUCAGAGAAUCCAUACUGGACAGAAACCAUAUAAAUGUGAUAUAUGUGGCAAAAGUUUCAGUCAAAAUUCAUACCUUGAAAAUCAUCAGAGAAUUCACACUGGAGAGAAAACUUACAAGUUGUAAUUAGUGUGGCAAAGCCUUUAGCGUGCGCUCAAACCUAACUAAACAUCAGGUCAUCCAUAAUGGAGAGAGACCUUAUAAAUGUAAUGAGUGGGACAAGGCUUUUUUUUCAGAGUUCAAAAUUGUAAAAUAUCACAGGAUUCAUUCUGGAGAGAAACAAAACAAAUGUAAUGAAUGUAGUAAGGCAUUUAUUCAAAAUUCAAGUCUGGUGGACCAUCAGAGAACUCACACUGGAGAGAAACCUUACAAGUGUAAUGAGUGUGGUAAAACCUUUAUUGGGCAUUCAAGCCUAACUAACCAUCAGGUAAUUCAUACUGGAGAGAAACCUUACAAAUGUAAUGAGUGUGGAAAGGCUUAUAUGAAGUGGUCCCACCUUAGAC